AUGUGCCGUUGUUGUUGUUGGAUUUUCCCUUUUUGGCGAAAACCGGUUGAACACCCUACCCCACCAGCUCCCGAACCAACUAGGCCUAAACCCCCUUUGGAUAAGGAACUAUUCCAAAACACCAAUUGUGUCAUGGUCUGCGCUCUCUACGAUUAUACACCCUCAGAGGCGAAUGAGUUGAAAUUCAGUCGAGAUGACAUGCUAAAGGUCACCGGUCUCUUCGGACAACCAUGGCAAAUGGCAGAGAAUACCAGAACCGGUCAAAAAGGCCUUAUUCCACAUAACUAUGUUACUGAGAGCACUGAAAUAGCUGGCUGUUUGAGUGCUUGGUAUCCAGCAAAUCGGGUUGAAGCAGAGAAGCGUCUUCUUGUCCCCGGGAAUAAACUCGGAUCCUACAUGAUUAGGCCUUUGAGAAGUAAAUGCCUUAAAUAA